AUGUCAUUUAUUGAAACAAAAAGAUUUAUUGAUUGUUCUCAACCUUAUCAUAUUUAUUGUUCAUAUAAAGAAGCUAUUGGUUGUGUUAAACAUAUUAAAAUGAUUGAUUAUCAUAUUGAUAUUAUAAAAGAUUGUCUUCGUUUUACAGAACUUUCAUCAUUAUCAAUUUUUGAUAGUCAAUGUAAUUCUCAAUAUACAAAAACCAAUGUUAAUAUUAAAGAAAAAAUAUUUUGUUGUAAUAAUACACAUUUUUGCAAUCAAACUUCAUCAUUAUAUUUAUUAACUAAAAAAUGGUUACGAGUAUUAUUUUCUUUCUUCAUAAUUCGAUUUGAUUAUUAUCAUUCAAUCUAA